AUGAGUUUCGUUGGAACAUUAGCUCUUACUGGACUGGGAUCUUUGAUUUAUAAAUAUGACACAAACCAAAUCUUUGAGAAACAUCCAAAUGUUGAACUUUCAAUAAAGGAAUAUUAUUCGAAAGUUUACAAGAAAGAGGCAAAACAGCUCUCAGAAAGAUAUAUAUCAAGUUUGGUUAAUUUUUUCCCCGGAGUAUUAGAUGGCUAUUCCCUUGCAUACCCCUUUAGAGGUUGUCAUGAAUUAUUAAAAAAUCUACCAGAAUAUUCAAUGAUAUCGUUAUGGAUGCUUACUGGUUAUUUAUUAAUGUUUUCAUUAACCGGAUUUGCUUAUUGGGCAACGAUCACACCCAUGUAUAUUGCAUUAUUCGGAAUUUUGGGUCCUCCAGGUAUUUUAAUUGUUAUUUUACAUUCAUUUAUUCAUAUUAAUAUGCUAACAAUGAUGUAUAUGAGAAUGGCUCACUAUAAUAAUAAAUUGGUUAUGAAAUAUUUGAAUGUCCAUGGAGUCCCUAAAAGUUUUACAAAGAUACCUGUUAAAUAUUACAUACCCUUUUUCUCUACAUAUUACUGGCUUUAUGAAUUCCCUUCCAAAUUAAUCAAGUAUACUUGUGGAACUAUUGUUUUAUUAGUAUUGAUGACUUUUUCAACUAUCCCUUUAUUUGGCCCAUUAUUUUUCAAUAUUGUUAUUUCUCCUGUAAUUACUAGAAUUUAUGUUUCAAAAUAUUUAAGACUAAGAGGAGUUAAUAAUAUUCAAAGGUAUGAACAUUUAUAUGAAAAUUUUGGUUCAUAUACUGCCUUUGGGCUUUCAUGUGCCAUAAUUGAAUCCAUACCAAUAGUUUCUGGUUUUGCAUUAUGUAGUAACACAUUAGCGGCCGUUAUGUGGGGGAUUAAGAGAGAAGAAUUGAAUUAA